AUGAAAUUCCUUAUCUAUAUAAUAAUUAUAGUUAUAUUAUGCAAUCAUGUUUUUGCGGUCAGUUUGUUUUUUUUGAAAUUGUUUUCUGAAAUUUAUUUUCAGAUUGUAGUGGAUUCAUCAAUUUGUGAAGCUUAUAAGGAAGUUGAGAAGGAAUUUCAUUGUGGAUCUAGUGGUUAUCCGAUUAAUUAUGGUUAUCGAUAUUGUAUGAGUUUUACAAGUGAUAGUGAGUUUUUUAAAAGGGACAUUGGAGAUUUCAAAAAAUUAGAAAAAGCUGGAAUUUUUUUUGGAAGAUGAAGCUUGAGAAAAUCAAAAGUUUUACAAGAUUGUAAAAGAUUUCAUCUGAAAAAUCUGAAAGAACUUCAAGAGCUUAUGAGUCCAAGCUCCAAAUUUUGAAAAAAUUAACAGUUUUGUCCAAAAUUCCCUGAAAAAUUUAUUUUUUUUUAAAUUAAAAAGAAUUUGGGAUCCUGGAAGUUCUAUAAGAAAAUCCGGAAUUUUUCUGAGAUGCUGAAAUUCAUGAUUUACUCUAGAAACCCUUGAAAAAUCAAAUUUUACACAGUUUUUCAAUUUCUUUGAUUCAUUUCCUCUGAAUAUUUUUUUUUCGUUAAUCAAAACUUGUCGAAAUUUUGAAUUUUUUUUUCAAAUUAAAAAAAAAAAUCUAGGAAUUCUCGAAAGUCUAUCAAAAACUCCGAGCUCUCUAUAAAAAUUAGUUCGAAAACCCCUGAAAAAAAAAUGUGAAAUCUCUUUAAAUCCCCCCAUAUCAAUCCCCUUUUUGACCUAUGAUUUUUCGCAACACUUCAUUUCCACAGGCACAUCUUGAAACAAAUAUAUAUAAAUUUAUAUAAAUAUUUUUAUUUUCAAAAACAAGAAACAUAUGUCAAAAGUAAUAAAUAUUUGUUCGCCUUUUCCCCCAAUCAUAAAAAAGUCCCGCGCUUUUUAUUUUUUCAAAAAAAGAUGAAGAAAAAGAAGUUUUCUUUUGCAAUUAAAUAAUUAAUGCAAUUAACAUGACGCAAAUGUCAAAACCUAAAACAUCUCCAAUCAAAUUAUCAUCAAAAUGAUGAAUCUGUCAUGAUUUGAUUAUGGUUUUUUUUGACGAAAUACUUGAAGAAAGUGUGUAUUUGCAGAGAUUCGAGAAACUUUCGACAAUUCUGGAAAAUCAUUCAUUGAUUGUACAACGAAAUGUUUGAUUGACAAGAUUUUGACAAUCGCACAGGUAUUUUUGACCUGUUUAUUUAUAGAUUUUCCUAAUUUUUUCGAAAAUAGAAAUCAAAAACGUGUCAACAAGUUCAAGAAAAAGCGUUUCAUUCACACGUGGAUUGCUAUCUAAAUUGUGAUUUUUGCAAAGUUUGCAAGACUCAAAAAAUACCACUUAUGAAGAGUUAUGAUUGGUCGGAUUUUUUGUCGUUUGAUGCCACACAUCAAGUUUAUUCGAUUGUGAGAAAAUGCGGUAUUUUUAAUUGUUUCAUGUAG